CCGCCGGGAAAGGCGCGCGAGGUUCGAAGGUGGCGCGGGGGGCGCGCGCCGGCCCCGGUCCGGGAUGGCGGAGGGCUUGAAUCAUUUAAAAAAAGACUACAGAGCAAGAUUCUGCAAUGGAGGAGGAAAUAAGAUUGAUGUACAGCCGGGUCAGAAUGUUCUGAAACUCAUACAGGAUUGUUUUGAAAGUUGCAGCGAUGAUCUUACAAUAAACUCUCCAAAUUGCUCAACCUUUGUUUUGAAAAAUGAGAAGAGAACUUCAAUGCAGAGCCAAAGGCCCAAGGCAGGGUCAGCCAAGUCUGUGAAAAGAGCCCGUAAGUCUGCAGAGCCCUCACCUGCCUCACCGCUAAAACCAGUCAGCAGCAGAGGACAGUCAUGUGAAUCACACCUGAAGCCUGCAACACACGAUUACGUAGCUGCUUCUAAAAAACCAGAGUCUCCUGUGUCUAAAAGAGAAAAACAUAACACAUUAAAAGAUGUUGAAGCACUGUGCCAGAGUCCGGCCGGGCUUUUGGACUCUGAGGAUAAUCGUGGAUCACCUUUUCCUGUGGAGGAAGUGAAAAGCUCUCCUGUAGUUAAAUUGCGUUUUGAUGACUGUAAUACGUCAGCUGCAGCAAAGAGUCGUGGAGAAGUUGAAAAUUUGGAAGGAUCUCAGCCUGGGAGAGAUGAGCAGGUUGCUCUUGUGCAAGGAACAGAACGUGUUACUGCGUCUUCUGCCCGGAAAGAGAAGUCUUUCUCUUCAGCUGUCUUAGCAGCUGUAGCAACAAGAACGCUUGGACAGAGAUAUUCAACAUCGAUAUCACCACCAUCACCUCAUCCUGUGAAACAUCAAGAUAUAGAAAUAGAAGAUGAAUGUGAAUUUUUAAUUGAUGAAUCAGGUGAUGCAUUUUCUACUGCUUGGAUUUCAAUACCCAGUAAGAGCAAAAGAUCAAAAAACGAUGGCUCCGCAACUCCCAUUUCUAAAUCUCAGCCCUCUGAAAAGAAGAAGCCACAGAAUAAGAAAGUCAAGAACAGAAAAGUACAGGUAAAAGCACUUACUAAACAGAAACUGGAUCAUCUGGAUGUUGGAGCUUUUGACCUCAAAGAAAUGCCAGAGUCAGAUCCGAUAUCUAAUAGUGAAGAAAAUGUCCUUCCAUCUCAAAGCCGUAAGAGUACUCAUAUGGGAAAGACUAAAAAGGAUGCACUUAGACAAGACUCUCCAAACCAGGAAAAGGACACAUCCUUGAAACCAGAAGCUGAAGAACUGAUGUUGUCGUCGUCUGGACUGGAAACAAAACCAUCUGAUGAAGAACAGUGUAAAACAAGGAUGCUGCCAAGUGAGGAUUUGCCUGUGCCCUCAUCUGGGCAUCAAGAAGAGCAGACUGUGUCUCUAAAAAAGUCUCUCAAGUCUUCCAAGAAUCUGCAGUUGGCUUCUAAAGCUUCUCAACAUUUAGUUAAGAAGAAACAAACUGCUAAGCAGAAACUUCCAAAAGUUAAAGUAGCUAAGAAAGGGACAGUAAGUCCAAGGAAGAAGCUUAAAAAAUCUGCCCAGAAAAGUAGUAAUAAAAAGCCUCAGUUACAAAGAGGGGAGAGUUCUGACAGUGAACCUGGUGAAGAAGAGCUUGAAAGAGAGCCUGUAGAAUUGAAUGAAGUAUGCACCACACCCUUGCAUCAGAAAUUAGAGACUCCCGUGAUUCAGAAGUUGACUAAGUCCGAAAAGCGUAGAAAUGUAUUACACACACCAGAGUCACCUGGUGGUGCAAAUAACAGAACUUCUGUAAAAGCAUUACAGCAUCCCAUGGACAGCGUGAAGAAUCCUAAAAAGAAACAUUUGCCUGCCAAGUCUUCAGGGAAGAUACCCAAAAAGAUUCCACGUAGAACCAAUAAAGCUCUUUGCUCAAGCCCUGAAGACACCGAGUCUCAAACAGAUUCUGACAGCUCUUCUGUACAGGCCAUGGCAAGGAAAAAACAGAAGUUACCAGAUGUGAAAAUAAAAAAUAACAAAAGGAAACGUAACAGGCAACAUGGACUACAAGAUUCCUUUGUAGCUGAGAAGGUUGUGAGUUUCGAAAGUGGGCCUGUUCUAGAAGAUUGUGAUAAAUUUGCUUCCAGCAAUAAGUCUCCUGAACAGGAUGAUACAUCUUCAGAUAAUUCUGAAGACUUGAAUUACAAAUUAAGACACCUGUUGUCAGACGACAUAGCAAGGCAUAAAAUAGUAAUGCCUACCAACACACCUAAUGUUCGUCGGACAAAGAGGAUACGACUAAGACCUCUGGAAUACUGGAGAGGCGAGCGCAUAAACUAUACUAUGCAGCCUUCAGGAGGGCUUGUGAUUAGUGGAUUAGUGCAUCCAGAAACACCAUCUCCCAGGAAGAGUAAAAGAAGGAAGGAUCGUCCCAAGCAGAAAAGAGAUAAAACAAAUACAAGAGAGAUACCUGCAAGUUUGGACCACACCCUAGCUGAUACGUCUAAGCCAACCAUUGUACUGGACCCAGUAACAAAUAAGGAAGUACAUCUAGAUUGUAUCAACACUGCAAGCAGUAACACUUACUACGUCAAAGAUGAAGCAGUAGAAAUAUACAAAACUUUGAAUACAUCUCUUUUUGCAACUGGUAGAUUGAUUCUGAAACCAUUUAAAGAAAAGGGACACCAGUUUGUCCACAUGGAUACAAUAGCUUUCCAUAUUAUCCGUGGCAAAGUUAUUGUUACAUUACAUAAGACAUCGUAUUAUCUGACUGCAGGGGACUGCUUCUAUGUUCCAGCAGGAAAUGGAUAUAACAUACGUAAUCUUCUGAAUGAAGAAAGUGUUCUUCUCUUCACACAACUCAAAAACAGAACAAAAGCACGAGACAUGCUGUUGGACGCCUCUUCCAAAUAACUUUACCUGCAAAUUGAAGAUCAUCUAAUGCAGAGGAGUUCUAAAGAAUGCUGAACAUUUUCAUCUGACAGCCUAGUUUUAGGGGCAUGUUGUUUCAUUGAUCUUAAAGAUCUUUCUUCAGUGUAAAUGGUAAAUACAUAGUUUGUUAUGAGUUAUCUUUACUUUUGUAUCAAUAAAUAUUAAGUAAUGGAAA